GAGUUUUUUUUUCCAAUUUGUAAAGAGAAGUAGGGAAGAUAAAACUGGACCACUGGGGAGACCAGUUUCAUGCUGUGUGGGACUUCUCAGCUAUCUGUAGUAGGCAACAUGUCUUUGGCACUGCUUUCUGUCCUCUGGCUCAUCAUUCAAACUCAAGCAAUAUCCAUAAAGCAAACACCUGAAUUAGAGCUUUAUGAAGUAGUUCAUCCUAAAAAACUACAUAUUUUACACAAAAGGGAGAUACAGAACAACCAGACAGAGAAUGGCAAAGAGGAAAGAUAUGAACCUGAACUUAAGUAUCAGAUUACAUUAAAUGGAGAAGAAGUUGUUCUUCACCUGCAAAAAAGCAAACAUCUCCUGGGGCCAAACUACACUGAAACAUAUUACUCACCCAGAGGAGAGGAAGUCAUUACAAGCCCUAAGAACAUGGAACAUUGCUACUAUAAAGGACACAUACUAAAUGAAAAGGAUUCUGUUGCCAGCAUUAGUACUUGUAAUGGGUUGAGGGGAUACUUCACACAUCAUGACCAAAGAUACAUGAUAAAGCCUCUGAAAAGCACAGACCAAGAAGAACAUGCUGUGCUCACAUAUAACCAGGAGGAGCUGGACCUGGCUAAUCACACUUGUGGUGUAAGAAAUGUUGGCAGGAAACAAGGCCGUAUUCGAACCUCCAGGUCACUCAAAAGCCCAGAGCAAGAAGACUUUCUUCAGGCUGAGAAAUACAUUGAUCUCUUGUUGGUGCUGGAUAAUGCCUUUUAUAACACGUAUAAGGGGAAUCUAACUUUGAUAAGAAGCUUUGUGUUUGAUGUGAUGAACCUACUCAAUGUGAUUUAUAAUACCAUAGAUAUUCAAGUGGCAUUGGUAGGUAUGGAAAUCUGGUCGGAUGGUGAUAAGAUCAAGGUGGUAUCAAACACGGGUGACACUUUUAACAACUUUCUGAAUUGGCAUCGUUCUAACCUGGGAAAAAUGAAGAUACAUGACCAUGCACAGCUACUCAGUGGAAUUGGUUUCAACGAUGGACGUGUAGGAAUGGCAUCCUCGAAUUCCUUGUGUUCCCCAGCUUCGGUUGCUGUUAUUGAGGCUAAGACAAAGAAUAAUGUGGCUCUUGUAGGAGUGAUGUCACAUGAGUUGGGUCAUGUCCUUGGUAUGCCUGAUGUUCCAUAUUAUACCAAGUGUCCCUCAGGGAGUUGUGUGAUGAAUCAAUACCUGAGUUCAAAAUUCCCAAAGGAUUUCAGUACAACCUGCCGUUCAUAUUUUGAGAAAUACAUUUUAUCUCGAAGACCAAAGUGCCUACUGCAAGCACCAAUUCCUAAAAACAUAAUAACAAAAGCAGUGUGUGGGAACCAACUUCUGGAAUUAGGAGAAGACUGUGAUUGUGGCUCUCCUAAGGAAUGUUCCAAUCCUUGCUGUGAGGCCAUGACCUGUAAAUUAAAAUCUGAAGCUGAUUGUAGAGGAGACACUAUGAACCAUAUCAUACAAUGAAUCAAAGAAUCUACUUCAUUGAGAUGCUCCUUGCUAGGACAAGAAUCAAGAAAUCUAAACUCGUAUUUAGAUAUAUUUUGCUUUUCACUUGGCAUUGUACUUACAUUUUUAUCAGUCCAGCCAAGAGGUAAAUGUACUCAGUGAAAUUUUCUGUUUUCUAAAGCCUGAUCUUUAUGUAUUUUUAAGGAUGGUGAAGGUUGCUGCCUAGCUCUGCUCUUUGGAGAACGAAAGAAAUUAGCCUUUGACCAAAACUCUAAAUUAUGCAAGCUCAAUCAGAACUGUAAAAUGACAAGUGGCUUAUGUUUUUACCCCACUCUCAUUUUACUAGUAUAGCCCAUGACAAAAUAAGACCCCUUGAUGAGUGAAGCCUUUGGCGGGAGAAGGGAGAACAGAAUUCAUGUGUCAUGUACCCAUCCUCUGUAUUCCACUUACCUCGCUCUUAGAAGUGAGUUAGUUGUCUGUAUCGUGUGUCUGUAUCAUGUCAAGAUUAACUAAGCAUAAACAUUUUUCAUUUUGUCUUGUAUAAUCCUCUCACCAUCACAGAUAGUGUUAAUUUUGAGAAGUCUUCAUGCUCACAAUUUAGCCUGACCAUCAAGGAAUGCUUCAUCCAUCUGUUGAUUUAACGUACCCCAUAAUGUCAGUGAAUAAAACCACAACUUUUUGAGCC